AUGGCGGGCGGGCGGCAGGCGGCGGCGGGAGCGGCGUGGCCUGAGGCGGCGUUCGGCUCGCGGGGUGUGGAGGAGGAAGCGGGCAGCCUCUGCCUACUAGGUCGGGGACAGCCCAAGAAGUUGUUCUCAGGCAGCACCAGUAUUGCUGGGUUGGGGACCAAAUUUGAAGUAGUAAGAGGUCGUUUCUUCAACCCCACCCUCUUUCUAGCAAUCUAUUCCAUUCCCAGGAAUUUAUCCUUGUUUCACUGCAUAAUGGAGGAAGACGAAGGAAACAAGAGGUAUGAAUUCCUAACUGCUGACAGUAAUGUCCCAGCCUGUGACCGUCCUGUUCCUAUUUCUCAUCUGGUGACUGAUGUUAAGGGAAUGGCCACUGGGAGUCAGCCUGCUAAAUCGACACUUCUAACGAAGGAACACUAUGAUGAAGUGUUUGAUCGAAUUCGGUCCAUGGUGCACCGUCACAGCUCUCGUAGAACAGAUGACAAGGCACAGACGGCCCAGACCUCAACUGAGACCACAAGCGAGACUUCUGAUACUGCAAGCUCUUCUUCGAUGGCAAGCAAGGCCUCUUUUGCAGCCGUGGCAGGGGUCUCUUCUGUGAUGCUGAGACAGCCCUCCUCUGUGAUGAUGAAACAAGAAGGAAAUGUCAAUAUGCCAGAGGUUAUGAAUAACUCAAAUUGGGUUCCAGUGUUUCAUGACCUUGAAGAAAUGAACCAAAUGAUGCUGCAGGCAUUAGACUCCACUAUGAUUGUGCUCAAUACAGAGGGAGUGAUCUUUUUCGUGACUGAAAACAUCACAACUCUCCUUGGCUACUUAGCCCAUGAGCUCAUGGGACAAAAAAUAACACACUUUCUACCUGAUGAAGAGAAAAAUGAAGUCUACGAUAAGAUUAAAAUAAGAGCUCCUUUGUCAGAAUCAGUGGGAGUCCACAUUGAUUUUUGCUGCCACUUCAGAAGAGGAAAUGUUAAAGAAGGAAUUAAUCCUAUUUAUGAGCAUGUGAAAUUCAUCCUGACGCUCCGAGAUAUUUGCAGUAGGUCUUUUCUGUUUUUUGGUGGCUUCGUUCCCAACUGCCUGUGCAUCGAGCCAGUUGCCUUGAAAUUUCCCAUGGAAGAACGUUUUUAUCUAGUGGGAUGUGUUUGUCUCAUCAAUACUGCGAUCCUCAAGGACCUCUACACUGCAAAGCGUUACCAUGAGACUUUGAUUAAAGAUUCAGAUGAGGAUCCUUUGAUGAUCCGGAGAUGCCUUGAAGCAACAACUUAUGGGGAUCAAGAUCCCCAAGUAAAAGUUGAGCCACGUGAAUCAGAAUAUGUUGUUCCAGAUAGGUUUGAAGUGUCAAGUCCCUCGUCUGAGACCAGCAUAUCAUCCUCGGAAGUCAUACCAGAUUCAUUAACUACAACCUUUCAUGCCUUUGUGAUGGAAAGCAUGAUGGACCCUAGAAGAUGCCAGGAACCAAUUGACUUAGAGUUCUCAGUGGACUCCUGCUACCUGGAGUCGAUAAAAUCUGAUAUGCAGGAGGUGCAGCAGGUGCUGGUGCAGCCAGUGAUGGAGAGAGUCCUGAUGGAACCAGUGGUGCCCGAGAUCCUGAUAGAGCCGAAGGUGAAGGAGGACCUCUCCUCCUCUGAUACAGCCAGUAGCCACCACUCUCAGGUAGGAGCACAUGAGGCAGGUGCGCAGGCCUCUGAUACAGAUCAGCUUCAAGUUGGAUGCUUCGUUCCUGUGAAAGAUCUGUUUCGCCAGCAGACCCCUUCUCCCUAG